AUUUGUGUCGUGCAUAAAAAAAUUUAAUAACGUUUCUGAUCUGAGAUCAACAAGUCAGUUCUCUACCGGAUACCCGACAAGAUGGCUGCUCGCGUACAGAUUAGAUUUCUGAAGUGUCCAAGUUCUUAUAAAGAAAUUUUCAACAGACGGAUCUCCGUAGCUUCGUGCCUACGAAAAAAAAACACGUUUAAAUGGGAAGAUCCUUUCGAUCUCGAGUCUCAAUUAACUCAGGAUGAGAUUAUGAUAAGAGAUCAAUUUCGAAAUUAUUGUCAAGAAAGAUUAAUGCCUCGUGUGAUCGAAGCCAAUCGUAAGGAACAUUUUCACAAGGAAAUCAUUAAAGAGAUCGGUUCUCUUGGUGCUUUGGGUUGCACCUUAAAGGGUUAUGGAGCUUCCAAUGUAUCUUCGGUUGCUUAUGGACUUCUUGCUAAAGAGAUCGAAUCCGUCGAUAGUUCUUAUAGAUCAUCGAUGUCCGUACAAUCGUCGCUCGUUGCCGGUGGUAUAUAUGCGUACGGUGAUCAAACACAAAAGGAACGAUUUCUUCCAAAAAUUAUUACCGGAGAUUUAAUUGGAUGUUUCGGUUUAACCGAACCCAACCAUGGUAGCGAUGUAGCAGGUAUUCAAACUAGAGCUGUAUAUGAUUCCAAUAAAAAAGUUUACAAAUUGAAUGGAAGCAAAACAUGGAUUACAAACGCACCCAUAGCCGAUAUAUUGAUCGUUUGGGCAAAAUGCGAGGAUGACAUUAUUCGAGGGUUCGUAAUCGAAAGAGAAAAAAAUCAAAAUCGAUUGUCCACACCGAAAAUCGAUGGAAAAUUUUCAUUGAGAGCUUCCACCACUGGGAUGAUAUUAAUGGACAAUGUCAUAGUACCCGAAGAAAAUUUAUUACGGAGCGUGGAAGGCUUGAAAGGACCGUUUAAUUGUUUGAACAACGCUCGUUUCGGUAUAUCUUGGGGUGCAUUGGGAGCAGCUGAAACUUGUUUUAAAAUAGCAAGAUCAUAUACAUUAGAGAGAUCACAAUUUAACAGACCUUUGGCUGCUAAUCAAUUAAUACAAAAGAAACUGACUGAUAUGAUGUGUGACAUAGCAUUUGGUCUUCAAGCUUGUUUACGGGUUGGAAGAUUAAAGGAUGAAGACAGGGCUAACCCCCAGAUGAUCUCUAUGUUAAAGCGAAAUUCUGCUAGCAAAGCGUUAGAAAUUGCCAGGACCGCGAGAGACAUGUUAGGUGGUAAUGGCAUAUCGGACGAGUAUCACGUCAUUAGGCACGUGAUGAAUCUCGAAUCCGUUAACACUUACGAAGGUACUUACGACAUACACACUUUGAUACUCGGAAGAGCGAUCACUGGAUUAGCUGCCUUUGCUGGAUAAGAUAUUUUCCUCCGUGUUAUUUCAGCCAGGAGAUGUGAGAAAGUAGUUCCACCUUUAAAACUGUUGCAAAGUUAUUAAUAUGUUUUUUUUUUC